ACUAGAUCAGCAGGAGAACAUGUGUCAGUUGCUAGAAAUUGAUAACCUGGAAAUUCUAUUAUAAAAUUGUAAAGAGGGAAAAAGAUAGAGAAACAGAACUGUAUAACAUCUCGAUAACAUGAUACCCGAAUAUGACCGAGAGACUGUUUACGUGGGAUGAAAUCACAGAAGGAUUAAUUCUAUUGAGCGUGACGAAGUCUGAAGAUGAGCAUGCCAAAAGACGAAAGAAGCAAACUGCCGCUGCUGAAACGUCAACGGUCUACUGUCCGCACGCGUACUUGAUCCUUAAUUAUCAAGAAACGUUAAACGACAACGAGAAGAUUAAAUUUCGUAAAUGUUAUCAGAGGAAGGUGCCGCCGACCGAGGCGGAUGUGAUCAUCCUGCAGGACAUAAAGGAUCUCGUGCUGUUUCUGCUCGUGUCGCCCAUCAGCAUCCAGUUCAUCAAUUUCUUGCAUUUGCCGACCGUCGACCGAUUCUUGCGGGUACUGAUCGUCUACUUUCAACACUACGUGGACAUAUACGAGGAUCUCGUGCGGGAGCGGGCGGCGACCAUGAAGAAGGCGCCGAAUCCGUUGGCGCGAGGACACAGGACUCGCUACACCGAGCAGAUGCAAGCUCUUCGCUGUGUGCUGGGUAGGGAGUACAUGGACCUGCUAUUGGGUUGCCAGGAUGGGCCGCAAUAUCAUCAUAUGAUGACCAGCAAGAAGCGAACGGUGUCGAUCAUGCAAUCGCAGGGCGAGAAGGACUUGAGGAUCUUCGAAGCGUUGACAAGCGUGGCUCAUCGCAUCGUCUGGAUAGCGUUAGGUCGCAAACAUUACAUUUUGAUCGAGAUAGAGCUGCACAGGCUACUUCGCACCGACGCGUACAAUACAGCCGCGUACAGGCAAAGCGGCGGUGAAAUCAUCCGGGAUAUGCUGGAGAACGACACUCGGGUGUUGCAGGGUCCUAAAGCAAUGCUGAAGAGGAAACUGUUGAGGAACUGCCCGUUGUUGCACGAAAUAAUACACUCGGACUGCGACUACCGUCUCCUAUCGUUAGGGGUGGUGGACAUCGCAGUGCAGGAUCCGAAGAUCAUUUAUCUGAGGAAUGCUAUCCUAGCCGAGGAAGAAACGUUAUCCGAAUUGGGCAUCAAAGUAGGUAUAUUAGGUCACAAUCGCUCGGAUUACGAUACAAUGUUAAUGCCGUACGAGGAGCAGAUACCGGCGGAGGUUGAUUCGCUCGACAAGAGAGCGGUGCGGACGCAUGAAGUGGACAAAAUUUUGGAAUACGAGCUGGCAAAGGAGUUCCCGACGAAAGAAGCUGAAAUAUUAAACAAGAGAUACGACAAGAUCCGCAAGGCAGCGCGAAGGAGAUGGAUUCUUCGAGAAAUGAGACGGCACACACGCAAACCAACCGACACCUACUCUGUGGCAACGACGAUAGACUGAACGAUAGUUCGGAUUGAAAUACGAAUUUUAUAUGCACACGUUCACAAAUUUUUGCACGCAGAUUCGCGCGAACAUUGACUCGAAGAAGUGAGGAUAUACUUACGAGAAUAUCGCUGAAAGAUCGCUCCAAAGAUAACAUGCCGAAAGUAAAAGUAUAAAGUCUGCAUAUAAUACUUCGUCAGGUGAUAAUAACUGAUAUAUACUCUGUCGAGGACAGGUGACGAGGAUGGAUAAACUCUGUGUGCGUGUGGUGGAGGAAUACUGUAACACAAUGUAAAAAAUAUGCUUAUUAUAAUUGGUAAUGCCUAAUCAAGAGUAAUAAUGCUGAUAUUUUACAAGGAGAUACACGUAU